CACUUGUUAUUGAUUGAACAUUCUGUGUCUCCUACAGCACAUUCUACCUGAGUUUUCCUCCUACAUUGUACUUUUCUCACAUUAUUCUGUUUAUUACUUUGUAACUGUCGUCUUUUAUAUUUUUCCUGGUUCCAAGAACAUAAAGGAUCUGAUCUCGUGUUCAGAGUGAAGAAAUACAUUAAGGCAACAGCUUUUCCAGAGACCUAAUGGCUGCACCAAGCUCAUCUCUGAGGGUGUUUGCCCUGCGUCUGGGUCCAGGACAGGAGUUACUCUCGUCUCUGCAGGCAUUUGUAGAGGAGAAGCAGCUCAAAGCACCGUUCAUCAUCACAUGCGUGGGAAGCGUGACAAAGGCAACACUACGGCUGGCCAACGCAACGGCAGACAACACUAAUAAGGUGAUUCAGCUGCAGGAACGCUUUGAGAUUGUAUCUCUUGUAGGCACAUUAAACCCGGAAGCUCAUCUACAUAUCUCCCUCGCUGAUAAGGAAGGCCGGACCGUCGGUGGUCAUGUGCUGGGUGACCUGGAAGUGUUCACUACAGCAGAAGUGAUUCUAGGGGAAGCCACUGAUCUGUACUUUACCAGAGAGAUGGACAGCAGGACCGGUUUUCCCGAGCUGGUUAUUAAAGGCCAUCAGGAACAGACAUAACUUAUUUUAAUGUAAUACUGAGAGUAAUGUGUAUACAGAAUGUUUAGAUAUACAGUAAUUCUAUGUAAUACAAGUAUCUUUAUUUUAAAUUGUAAUCUUGUACUCUUACAUAUCAAUUAUUAACUGAAGAUUUUUAAUGAUUAAUUAAUUAAUUAAUUAAUUAAUUAAUUACUCAAAUUAAUCACAAAUUGAUUGAAAUGAUGAUGAGGUCAUCAAGUGAAAGAUCAUGUGAUUGGAAACCAUGAGGCAUUAUGAAAGACUGAAGUGCUUUGUUCACUUCUGAAAAUAGAGAAAGCGCCCGGAUGAAUCAACACAGCAUUACACAACCUAAUAUUUUAUUACUGCAAUGCAAAAAAAAAAAAAAAAGGGAUUGUAUAAUGAGUUGUGUUCAUUUCGAGUUCAGCCUCCAGCAAGUCCUAAGCAGAUCGCAGGUACUUCAAUCAGUACGGCUUAUAAAUCAGCAGGGCUCAUUAAAUGCAUCAGGAAUUAUAAGCUCUUGAUACAUGUCUGUUCAACAUUUCACAAUUAUGUAAUAAAAGAAACCUGUUGGUAA